AUGAUCAAGUGGAAGCUGCAGGUUUUGUUGCGAAUGUAUGAUGUCAGGGUGGGCUUACAACAUAGUAUGAUCUCAGCUCCAAGAUCGAAUCCUGGAACAAUGACAGUUGACAUAAUCUCUGUUUUCCUUUCAAAUGUUCUCUCUGUUCUCCUUAGUUUCUUUUCACAAUCAUUUGCGCUAAGCUCGUUCAUAUUCAUCAUGCCUGGCGAAGUCAUUACCGAGCCAAACCCCAAACCACAGCCAUCACAUCUACCUGACUAUGUGGAGAAGUUGAGUGUGAAACUAAACCACGAGAACAAAGAUUUAGAUCAGAAUGCCUGUGAUUCUUUGCUCAAAUUUCGGCGAGCGGCCUCAUACAUCGCCGCUGCCAUGAUUUUCCUAUCAAAGAACACGCACUUGAAGGAAGAUCUGACAUUCGAUCACAUCAAACCUCGACUACUUGGUCACUGGGGAACAUGUCCUGGAUUGAUUCUGGUAUAUUCCCACUUGAAUUAUCUGAUUCGGAAAAUGAACCUGGACAUGCUGUAUGUUGUUGGUCCAGGACACGGUGCACCGGCACUCCUAGCCGCAUUGUGGUUGGAGGGCUCGCUGGAAAGGUUCUAUCCUCAAUACUCCCGCGAUAACCAAGGCCUGCACAACCUGAUUGCCACCUUCAGUACCCCAUCCGGAUUCCCCAGCCACAUCAACGCUGAGACCCCCGGCGCUAUCCAUGAGGGCGGAGAGCUUGGUUAUGCUCUCGCUGUAUCUUUUGGUGCAGUCAUGGAUAAGCCUGACCUCAUAGUCCCUUGUAUAGUGGGCGAUGGUGAGGCUGAGACCGGCCCUACUGCUACGUCCUGGCAUGCAAUUAAGUAUAUCGAUCCCAAGGAGUCAGGUGCAGUCUUGCCAAUACUGCAUGUGAAUGGGUUUAAAAUUAGUGAACGCACUAUUUUCGGAUGUAUGGACAACAAGGAGCUCGUCGCCCUUUUCAGUGGAUACGGGUACCAGGUUCGACUUGUCGAGGACAUCAACGACAUAGAUACAGAUCUCCAUUACUCCAUGGUGUGGGCUGUUGAGGAGAUCCAGAAGAUUCAAAAGGCUGCUCGGUCUGGGAAGCCGAUCCUCAAGCCAAGGUGGCCGAUGUUGAUCUUACGCACUCCCAAGGGCUGGUCAGGACCAAAGAAGCUCCAUGGUGAAUUUAUCGAAGGUUCUUUCCAUUCACACCAGGUACCUUUGCCGAAAGCAAAGUCCGACCAGGAAGAACUUGAUCUUUUGCAGAAGUGGCUUUCUGAUUACAAGCCACACGAGCUCUUCACUUCAAGUGGCGAUAUAGUUGAUGACAUCAAAUCUGUGAUUCCCACAGAUGAUUCGAAGAAGCUUGGUCAACGCAUUGAGGGAUACAAUGGCUACGUCGCCCCGAAUUUGCCAGAUUGGAAACCCCUAUGUGCACCAAAGGACUCGAGCGAAAGUGCCAUGAAAGCCAUCGGCCGUCUCAUCAACCAGACGUUUAUCGAUAACCCGAAAAGCGUGCGCCUCUUCUCUCCCGAUGAGCUGGAGAGUAACAAGCUUGAUGCAGUUUUUGAUUCAACGAAUCGCAAUUUCCAGUGGGAUGAAUUUGCCAACGCUCGCGGUGGUCGAGUGAUCGAAGUCCUGAGUGAACAUAUGUGUCAGGGAUUCAUGCAGGGUUAUACAUUGACUGGCCGCAUUGGAAUUUUCCCAUCCUAUGAGAGCUUCCUUGGCAUCAUUCACACAAUGAUGGUGCAAUACUCAAAGUUCAUCAAGAUGGCACUAGAAACGAAAUGGCACUCUGGGGUCAGCAGUAUCAACUAUAUCGAGACAAGCACCUGGACACGCCAAGAACAUAAUGGCUUCUCCCACCAGAAUCCGUCUUUCAUUGGCUCUGUAUUGAAGCUGAAGCCAACUGCAGCUCGUGUAUAUCUGCCACCAGACGCGAAUACCUUCUUGACUACUCUUCACCAUUGCCUAGGCUCGAAGAACUACAUCAACUUGAUGGUAGGCUCAAAGCAGCCAACACCUGUAUACCUGAAUCCCGAGGAAGCCGAGAACCACUGCCGCGCCGGAGCAUCCAUUUGGAAGUUCUGUAGCACGGAUAAUGGAACUCACCCGGAUGUGACACUGGUUGGCAUCGGCGUCGAGCUCAUGUUUGAAGUAAUUGCAGCGGCGGCACUGCUGCGUCAAUUGGCCCCGGAACUCCGAGUCUGUGUGGUCAAUGUGACUGAUUUGAUGAUCCUCGAGAACGAAGGCUUGCACCCACAUGCCUUGUCUAACGAGGCCUUCGAUGAUCUUUUCACAUCGGACAAACCCAUCCACUUCAACUACCACGGCUACCCCACUGAGCUUCAGGGCUUGCUUUUCGGACGCCCGCAUCUUGACCGUGUCUCUGUGGCGGGCUAUAUUGAGGAGGGAAGUACCACCACUCCAUUCGAUAUGAUGCUUGUCAAUCGGGUCUCGCGUUACCAUGUUGCGCAGCAUGCUCUCCGCGGUGCUGCCAAGGUGAAUGAAAAGGUUCGGGUUCGGCACCAGGAGUUGAAUUCUGAGCUUGAGAACCUAAUCGUUGGAGCCCGGAAGUAUAUCUUGCAGAAUCACAACGGUAAGCCCUGGAGAGAGCGCCCUUAA